AGCCUUCAUAAAGGACCUCCCCGCAGACGCUUCAUUCUUUUAUCCUUUAUUUCACAGAGAAUGCACAGAAGCUGCAAGAAGUGCCCUGUGAACCAACCACAGAAACGUCCCAGCCACUUGUUUUUGUACAAGAGAAGCAAAUAGGAGAUCAUGAGAAAACUUUAAAGGCACAUAAAGAAGUCAAGCUUCAGAGACUGUUGAGAAUGAAUGGGCGGCUGUCCUAUUCCUAUGACUAUGACCUCAUUGUCAUUGGUGGGGGCUCAGGUGGCCUGGCUGCUGCCAAGGAGGCUGCCAAAUAUAACAAGAAGGUGAUGGUGCUGGACUUUGUCACGCCUACGCCUCUAGGAACAUCGUGGGGUCUUGGAGGAACAUGUGUAAAUGUGGGCUGUAUACCUAAAAAAUUGAUGCACCAGGCAGCUUUACUGGGACAAGCCUUGCAAGAUUCACGCAAAUUUGGAUGGCAGUUUACUGAAGAAGUCAAACACAACUGGAUGACUAUGACGGAGUCUGUUCAGAAUUACAUCGGCUCACUGAACUGGGGCUACCGGGUGGCACUGAGAGAGAAGAAAGUCGCAUACGAAAAUGCAUAUGGAGAAUUUGUUGGACCACACACAGUUAAGGCAACAAAUAAAAAAGGAUUUGAGAAACUGCAUACAGCUGAGAGAUUUCUGAUUGCCACCGGUGAAAGACCACGUUACCUGGGUAUUCCUGGAGACAAGGAAUACUGCAUUAGCAGUGAUGAUCUUUUCUCUCUGCCUUACUGUCCAGGGAAAACCCUGGUGGUUGGAGCUUCUUAUGUUGCCCUGGAAUGUGCAGGUUUUCUUGCAGGUCUUGGAUUAGAUGUCACUGUAAUGGUGAGAUCCAUUCUCUUAAGAGGAUUUGACCGGGAUAUUGCAAAGAAAAUUGGUGACUAUAUGGAAGAACACGGAGUCAACUUUAUUAAACAUUUCGUGCCAAUCAAGGUUGAACAGAUUGAGGAAGGAACUCCUGGAAGAUUGAAAGUUACAGCCAAAUCCACAAUGGAGAACCAAAUAAUUGAAGGGGAAUACAAUACUCUUUGGGAUGUGGAGAAGCGUGGUCAUGUGAAAUUCAUUGCAGGAUUUGUCCCCAAGUCUGCACUGGUUUACAUUCUUGCCCGAGAUUGUGAGGUUAUGAACACAACUUCUUUCCCUUGUAUUUCAAGUACAUGUCCUGCAAAGGUUAUUUACCCCUCCAGUCUUCACAGCAGAAUACUUGUAUCUUUUUUUCUUAUUAAUGCAAAUUGUAGAACAGGAAAAAUCCCUGUCAAUGAUGAGGAGCAAACAAAUGUGCCAUAUAUCUAUGCUGUUGGAGAUGUACUACAGGGCAAGCUGGAACUCACACCAGUGGCAAUCCAGGCAGGAAGAUUGUUAGUUCAAAGGCUUUAUGCUGGAGCAACCAUUAAGUGUGACUAUGUGAAUGUUCCAACAACAGUGUUCACUCCCUUGGAGUAUGGAGCCUGUGGGUAUUCUGAAGAGAGUGCAGUGAUGACGUUUGGGGAGGAAAACAUUGAGGUGUACCAUAGUUAUUUCUGGCCCCUGGAGUGGACUGUCCCAUCCAGAGACAACAACAAAUGCUACGCAAAGAUAAUUUGCAAUAUUCAAGAUAACGAGAGAGUCAUUGGUUUCCAUGUCCUUGGUCCAAACGCUGGAGAAGUUACCCAAGGGUUUGCAGCUGCUAUUAAAUGUGGCAUGACAAAAGAACAGUUGGACAGCACCAUAGGAAUUCAUCCAGUCUGUGCAGAGAUAUUUACCACACUCUCUGUGACUAAGCGUUCUGGUGGAAAUACCCUUCAGGCUGGAUGCUGAGGUUAAAGACUCCCAUUGUCGCUAUUGCCAGAGACUGACUUUCAUUGCUGUGGCUGACUUGUGCAGUUCAGAAGGAACAUUUUGAGAGAAAUCAUCAUCAAACCUCUGCAGAACUGUUCAAAUCUUAACUGAAGCGUUCCGUUAUUCUAUGGCGAAGAGCACUGUGGGAGUUCAGUCACUUGCAGUGAUUGGAUGGCAAUCAGCAACGCAAUGGGAAUAUUGACUAUUGAGCUGUUGCGUAGCAGGGCAUUGAACAGAAUGCUGUCAUGAAAUCACAGCCUGCAGCCAGCGUUUCCUGGUGGGCAGUGAUGGAAGAACUGUUAGCACAGCUGCACAAUAACUUUUUUUUCCCCUCUCUCUUUUAUUACCUGUACAAAGAGCUUCCUAAUUCAAAUGUAUUACCACAAGUCCAGAUAAUUGUAUAGUCUCUGUGUGCUAAGUUAUAAAGCUGCAACUGCAAGUUCUCUUCAUGAGCAUACUUUUUAUCAGAUGACAGUCACAUAGGUGAGGCAUGCCUAGGGACAGGAGAUUCUAGCUACAAGUUUGAUCAUGAGGAAGAAAAUAUCCUUGCAGAAAGGCUUAGUACCAUCUAGAACAGCAUUUUGGCUUCCAAAUUGACUCCGUCACCAUUUUUUAUUUUAGAGAUAUUUAUUUGUGAAAAUGUUUUCCUUGAUGAGUCAGGAAAAUACUUUUAAGGCAUUGCUAUAUAGAAAAGCUUUUUCCUGAUAGUCACAACCAUGUAUGUACACAGAUGUUAUCUUUUUAGCUUUAUCUUGCAGCUUAUGUGGUUAUAAUUCAUCCACUUUCGGAACUGACAGAACUCCAAUUUGGAAUAAGUUAUUUUACCAAGAGCUUUAUAGAGCUUCAUUCAAUUUGAAUAAAUUCUUCCUUUACACAUGGGCUAUUGUAUGCUGCGUUGUUUCUGGUCUGAAGUGGCCACUUUGAGCGCAGCAGCAUGGAGGCAGUCCGUCCUUCAGGUUAGUUGGGCUAUACAGUCAAAAACCAACCAACCAGACAAACAAAACUCCCCCCAACUUCCAAAAACCUUCAAGGUAAAAAUCUUCAAGGUAGACAAGGCCUAAAGCUAUUUUUAGUUCCACAUAUGCUUUGUUUUGUAUUUAAUUAAGAAAAUAAUACUUUUUAAACAGAUUUCCCUUAAAAAUGACAAACAGACUUACUUUCUUGAGUAUUCCUCCUGUGCUGGAUAAACUGCAUACGUAUUUAUCAAGAAAUGGUAAAGUGCUUCUUUGUAAUGGAAAUGAAUCUUCUUUUUGAUCUGGUUCUUCAUUUCCCUCUGUUUUAGCAGGAGGUUACAGAUUACUAACAGUUCUUGGGAGUUCAGUAUUGCAGUGUGAAUAAGGGUUAAAUUAUCCAGCUCCUUGAGCAGAAGACAUUAUGCCUAAAUUUCUACCCAGUAACAAAUUCAUCUUUUACUGCUGAAUUUUCUAUAAUAGUGUGUUAAGUUAUUUUUAUAAACUCAAACAUAACUGAAGGAUUUUUGAACAUGUUUUAUGUGGUAUCAGAACAAUCUGUGGUGUUAUUUUUCUGGCCAGUUCAUUGAAUAAAUGCAAUAUUGCACAAACAGGUGCUCAGUUUGAUGGAUCUUUCAAGCAAAGAAAUAAGGUGAUAGCAAGAAGACUCUUUUUUUUAAGGCCAGAAGAGGCCACU